ACCUUCAGGAAUCACCACUGUGCUCACCAUGACCACUCUGAGCAUCAGCGCCCGCUCCUCGCUACCCAAAGUCUCCUACGCCACCGCCAUGGACUGGUUCAUCGCCGUCUGCUUUGCCUUCGUGGCUUCGGCCCUCGUCGAGUUUGCCGCGGUUAACUACUUUGCCACGCUCGAGGCCAACAGGGAAAAACGCCGGCUCUCCAGGGCCUCCGUUCUGGAGUCCAUAGCCCAGGGCAGCGACGACGAGUCGGAGACGGGCUCGGCUGUCCCACCCAACAUGACGCUGGCAGGCACCAGUGCCAUAGACAAAUACUCCCGCGUCCUCUUCCCUCUGGCCUUUGGGAUCUUCAACCUCAUCUACUGGUACAUCUACCUCAGCAAAGACACCUUGGAAAAGCCUAGGUCUGUGGUCUGAUAACUGCUGACAGACAGAAAAACUUCUACUCUACAUCAAGGAGGGAGUUUUUAGUAUAUCUAUUAUUACGUUGUGUUCUUUCUUUCAGUUUUAUUAGAAUGUAAUUAGUUAUAAAGAGGGAGAACCAUAAACAGAAAUGAGAUUAAAUGUGUGCUCACGUCCUAGUAGAGUUCAAAUUAACAAAUUACCUCUUUUUUCUGAGAAAAUUGUCUUGUACCUCCUGAUCACUGUCAUGCGGAAAUGCUCAAAAUGGUGCUGAUUCGGCAGUAAAAUCUAGUUAGCUUGUAAUAUUUCUGUUUAAUA